GAGCAGUCGCCACGAGAGCAUCAAUUCUCAAGCUUUAGGUAAUGGACCAUGGCAACCAGCUCGCUCGCUCGCUCCCACUCGGUGGAGCCUGAUAUUAGGCUUGAAGAUUACCUCGAUGACAAGCUGCAAUCAACGGCGGAUUUCGAGAACCUCGACAACCUGAUUGCUAGUGUCGAAGUCCAACGCAGCCAGCUACAGACGCAGCUUGACGAUGCUGUGCGCGAGCUCGAGGAGGCCCGUCGUUCGGCCCAAGAUCGCCAAGGUGGCCUUUCCAAGUCCAUUUCCGAGUUCCGUUCUCUCCAAGAGAGUAUAGAUGCCCGUCUCCAGAUCGUCGCAAACUCGACCGCCCCCGACGAAGCCAUCCAACGCCUCGAAGGGCCCAUGAAGCAGCUCCAUAAGAUUGAGCUAGCGUAUCAAUACGUAUCGCUUCUUCACGAUGUGGAAAACAUGCGACUGGUGGCCCGUUCCCAUGUGCUGCAUAGUCCGAAAGCCGCGCUCGAACCAUACGCACGAUUGAAACAGCUCUGUCGGCGACUGAGAGAGCGCCAACCCCUCGCAGAUGGAGCUGCCACCCAUCUCGUGGAGCAUGUCGAAAACACCACUGCUGCCCUCUGGAAAGAAAUGAAGAGCAUCGUGUCGCAAGAGAUGGAAGCCGUUCUGAAGAGUCGUAAUUGGCCGCAGGGGGUCGACACGAACAGCGAGAUGGAUUCUGAAUGGCUCCAGUGCUUUGAGAAGCUUGUUGACCUACAAGUCCCCGAGGUACUCUACUCUGAAACACCAGUUACUCUGCUGCCAUUUGAGGUUAUGGUGAAACCAUUCACCCAAUGGUUCCGAUUCCAGUUCUUGGGCAACAACGCUACCAGCACCCCUCAGGCUUUCGGCGCCUUUUGCAUCCCGCAAUUCAUAUCGCUUAUCGAGAAAUGGGAAAGCUUUUUCCGUGAAAAUGUUGGGCACGUACUGUUUUCGAGAUUUCGGGAUACCAGCGUUGGAGAGAUGUCCAUAUACCUUGAUCCAGCUUCUGCCCUUGUCACGGCAUUACUUCCCGUCAUGCGAGAGAAAAUCGAAAGUGUGUUAAAGGAAGCCCUCCAAAACCCCCAGUUUCUCAGUAGCCUCAUGAUACAAAUCAUGAACUUGGAUGAUGAACUGCGUUCAAGAUUCGACUACGAUGGUGGCAAUCAAGAGCAAGGUUGGCCAGGCCUGGCCUCCGAGGUCUUGGACAAGCAUUUCGAUGCAUGGCUGAAGGCCGAAAAGGAGUUCGCUCUUGAACGCUUUCACGCGAUACUGAAUUCAGCCGACGCAAGGAACAUUGACUACGAUUAUAGCAUAGCUGGGAAAAUGAAACCCACAUAUGGAGCUGUCCGAAUGACUGAUUUGCUCAGGACUGUCAACUCUCAGUAUGAGCGUGUUCGUCGAUUUUCUCACAAGCUACGAUUCCUCAUCGAUAUCGAGCUCGAGAUAUUGGACGAGUACCAUGAUCGUCUCAAAGACUCAUUGGAUGCAUAUUCCGCCAUAACCUCGACAAUUGGUCGGACAUUGCAUGGUGUCACACGUGAACAAAUAGCAGCUUUAGAAGGAACAGGCGCUUUUGAGACUCUGUGUAAGGUACUAGGCAGCUCCGACCAUAUUAUAGCUACUCUCAAAGACUGGAGCAAUGAAGAGUUCUUCAUCACGCUAUGGGAAGAGCUACAAGCACGAGCACGCAAGAAUAGUAAUCAGGAUACUAUUGCAGGUGGAAUGAGCCAUGAAGCUGUUAAAGAUCGUAUUUCUUCAACCGUCGGAACCGAUGAAGACACGGGUAUCUUGUUUGACGAAACCAUUGCCGCUUACGGCUUUCGACGCAAGACUGCCGAGGAGUAUCUGGUCUCGGCUUUGAUCGAUUCUCAUCAGAAGGCGUUUCGGCCAUAUCUGAGUAAACCUCAAUGGACUACCAUAAGUAGCGAUUUGAAUAUCGAUCCUUCACAGCUUGCUAUUACACCAGAACUUGAUGAGCCCCUAAAGAUUAUGAAACGAAAUUUAACAUUCUUAGCCAAUGCUCUAAGUACCGCAGUAUAUCGACGGAUCUGGCGGACGGCACUUGAGAAGGUCCAAGAAAUGUUGUGGAGUGAGGUCCUUUUGAGACAAAACUUCACCACCCUAGGCGCAGCACAAUUCGUACGAGACCUGCAAGCGAUCUUCUCGUUGGUUGAUCGCCACAUUCCGGAAGGCUCCUUAAUUAGGAGUACGCUACAGGAUGGUGCGCAAUUACUAAGUCUCCCAAUUGAAUCGACUACUGGAGGUGUCACCUUACAGCAAGCCACCGAUCGUAUAUUUACUGAUAAUACCGAAGCGAAGAAGAUGCUCGCAGCGUUGGACCUGGAAUCAUUGAACCCCGCAAACGCACGAAAGAUAUUGCAAAGAAGGGUUGAAAAUAGUGAAUAGGCAGAUAACUAUCAAAUACUUU